AUGGGGAGACAACACGUCUCAUCGCUUGCUCUAUUGCUUCCCGUGCUCGCUGGCACUGCAAAUGCCGCCUCGGAGCCGUCACGGCCGCGGGGUGUGAGCCCGGAGUUUGCGAAGUACUAUAAAAAUGCCGAGACAUUCAUGUGCAUUUCCAAUCCCAGCAUCACAGUCCCAAUUGCACAAGUGAACGACGACUACUGCGACUGCCCCGAUGGCUCAGACGAACCCGGCACCGCGGCCUGCUCCUACAUCUCCCCGCUCUCCCCACCACAGCCGGGCAUGGGAAAAUCAGGCACUGUAAAUGAGAGCCUGGCCCUGCCCGGCUUCUACUGCAAGAACAAGGGCCACAUACCGAGCUAUGUUCCCUUCACCAAUGUCAACGAUGGCGUAUGCGAUUACGAAUUAUGCUGUGACGGAAGCGACGAAUACGAUGGUGUUGGGGGUGUCAAGUGCGACGAUCAGUGUGCGAAGAUCGGUAAGGAGUGGAGGAAGCAGGACGAGAUCCGCCAGAAGAGCUUGAAUGCCGCAAGACAACGGCGGAAGGACCUCAUUGCCGAAGCUGCUCGACUGCGGAAAGAAGUCGAAGACCGCAUCACCACCCUCAAGAUGCAGGUCGAGGCACAGACGCUGAAGGUGGAAGGUCUCGAGAAGAGCUUGGUGGAGAUUGAGCGGGCCGAGAAAGGCAAGGUCGUCAAGGGUGCCGGAAAAGGUGGAAAGAUCACGGUGCUGUCGAGUCUUGCAAAGAUCAGGAUCGAGGAGCUUACCACCAACGUUGGACGAUUGAGGACUGAGCGAGAUGCAGCGAAGUCGAGAGUGGACGAGCUCGAGGCCAUGCUCAAGCGCUUCAAGGAGGAAUACAACCCCAACUUCAAUGAUGAGGGCGUCAAGCGCGCCGUCAAAGCCUGGGAAGACUACGCCGCCCAAGACCGCCCAGGGCCCAACGAAGCUCUCGAUCGUGACCUGGACGAGAUCCUGAAGCCCGACUCCGAGAGUGCCAUCAAGUGGGAGGAUUUUGAGACCACCGAGGAGUCUGACAUUGACGUCCUCUACAAAUUCGAAGAGUACCUCCCCGCUCCAAUGCGCGACUGGGUCGACUCCAAGCUCCGCGACCUCCGCGUCGUCCUCAUCGAAAACGGCAUCCUCGCCGACCCCUCCAGCUCCACCGAACACACGGAAUCCAAACUCGUCACCGACGCGAAAUCCCAACUCGAAUCUGCCAAGACUGAACUCAACAACGACAAAUCCGAAAUCACCCGCCACGAAGAAGACCUGAACAAAGACUACGGCCCAGACUCCAUCUUCCGGGCCCUCAAAGAUACAUGCAUCGAAAAAGACAGCGGCGAAUACACAUACGAACACUGCUUUCUUUCGCGCACGACCCAGAAAUCCAAGAAGGGUGGCGGCCACACAGGCAUGGGCAAUUUCGUUUCCAUCACCUCCGUCACCGUCGACGAGGAACUGCCGGCCGAUGGCAAGGGCCUCGGCUCAGGAGAGCGCAUAGCGCUGAAAUACGAGAACGGCCAACAUUGCUGGAACGGCCCGAAUCGCAGCACCCUGGUGGUGCUAGCGUGUGCCGAGAAGGACGAGAUUUGGAAGAUUGUCGAAGAGGAGAAGUGUGUGUAUCGCAUGGAGGUGGGGACGCCCGCGGUGUGUGGGGUGGAGGUUCAGAAGGGGGUCGAGGGGGGUCAUGAUGAAUUGUAA